AUGCCUACACACAUCAAAACAAUUAACAUGAAAAAGCCAUUGUAUUUAACAGGCGCCGUAUUGUCGCUGGCGCUGCUGGCAGCCUGCAAUAACCAACCUGCCGGUGCAGAUGAAAAAACAAGUACUGAUACCGCUGCUGCCGUUGCCACGGGGCCAAAAAUAAGGGAGGAAGCGGUGAGCUACAACGCGGGCGGACUUACCAUGAACAGUUUUAUUGCCUGGGAUGAAAGCAGCGAUAAAAAAAGACCCGCCAUACUGGUGAUUCCUGAAUGGUGGGGACUGAAUGAUUAUGCAAAAAGCCGUGCCAAACAACUGGCGGAGCUGGGUUAUAUAGCACUGGCCGUAGAUUUUUAUGGAAAUGGAAAAACUGCUGACAAUCCGGAUAGUGCCGGCAAACUGGCCAUGCCUUUCUACAAAGACGUUAAACUGGCACAAAGUCAUUUUGAUGCAGCCCUGGCAAAGUUGAAAUCCUACGCACAAACAGACACCGCACAGAUAGCCGCCAUUGGGUAUUGUUUUGGCGGUGCGCAGGUAUUGAAUAUGGCAAGGCUGGGUGAAGACCUGAAAGGGGUAGUAAGUUUCCAUGGCAACCUGGUGGGCGUACCUGCAGAUAAAAAAUUACUAAAGGCUAAAAUACUGGUAUGCCAUGGCGAGGCCGAUCAAUUUGUAAAACCUGAAGAAGUAGCUGCUUUCAAAAAACAAAUGGAUGCUAUCGGUGCAGACUACACGCUGAAAACAUACCCAGGCGCCACGCAUGCUUUUACCAAUCCCAAUUCUACCGCAGUGGGAGAAAAAUUUAAGAUGCCCAUUGCCUACAAUGCCGCUGCUGAUACAGCGUCAUGGGCUGAAAUGAAAACUUUCUUUGGCAAAAUCUUCAAAUAA